GUCGAAGGAUAGUCGUCCGACGUUGCACAAGUCGUCAUGAUGCUGCACCAGUCGCGGCGCGAUAUCCUCCCAGUCUCGCUCCCGGGAAACUGCGACAAUGACGACACGAAUGACAUGGCACCUCUCAUGCUUGGCAUCAACAUCAACAUCAACAUUCGACCAGAGUCUAGUCGGUCCGACUGGCGAAAGGUUGGGCUUGGCGUCGUUCUCGCCCUCGUCGGACUCGCGUCGGUUGGCGGGAUCACAUACGGCGUUUGGUACUACCGGCGCGAGGCCAUGAUGAUGGAUCCUACAUUAGACACAGCGCUCUUGUCCGACCCGCUACCGUACGAUCGGGUACCGGCGCUAUGGGGUGACGACUUCGAAUGCCUCGGGUGGCGCGCCACAGCUGGCUGCGACCCUGGUGGUGAACGCACUCCGCAGUACGACAAAACGUGCGACACCGCGAUCGGUCUAGGCGACGCUGGUUUCUGCGAGGUUCGCAAUCGAACCAGUCUCCAAGUGUAUCGGGUGAUGGCCACGACAUGCCGCGGCGUCAUCGGGCUCAAGACGUUCACGUGCAAUAUGGCCGAGGAGUUCACCGACUUCUCCAAGCAGGCCGCUACGUACGUCCACGACCCGGCGCCGCAAUUCUCGGGCGUCCGGCGCGGGAUUGUGUUUUCCGUGUUCAAGAAGGCGCUGCCGGGGGUGUUUGCGAUCAUCAAGGUGCUUCGGUCAUAUGGAUGCACGCUUCCCAUCGAGAUCUUUUACCGCGCAGACGAACUCCAUGCGCAGUCGAACGUGUUGGUCCAAGCUCUGCUGCAAAGCGACCCCAAUGUCGUUCUGAGAGAGAUCACCGACCCGCAUGCGACAAAGUUCCGCACCAAGCCGUACGCUGUCUACCACGCAUCGUUUGACCAGGUGCUGCUGCUGGAUUGCGACAACGUCCCCCUGCGUGACCCUACGUACCUGUUCGACUCCCCCGCGUUCGCCACGCACAGCGCCAUCUUCUGGCCAGACCUGUGGCACCCCAGCCACACCAUCUUCAGCGUGCAGGCGCAGAAUCUGCUGUGGCAGUACGUGGACAUGCCGUUCUGGGACGUGUUCGAGCAAGAGAGCGGCCAGGUGCUCGUGGACCGCCGCCGCGCCAAGGACGCGCUACACAAGCUCAUGGCGUACACAUUUGGCGCCCGCCAAGACGGAACGCUGAUCGAAUCGAUGGAGUUUCUGUACGGAGACAAGGACCUGUUCCGGUUCGCGUGGAGAAACACGUCGACAUCGUAUCAAUACAUCCAGACACCGCCCGCGUUUGCCGGCAUGUACUCGUGGCACCGAUGGAUUUCGUUCUGCGGGCUCGCCAUGCUCCAGCACGACAUGGACGGCGAACACCUCUUCCUCCAUCGCAACCAGGUCAAGCUCACCGCGAGUCCGUCGCAGGUGCCGCUGUUCACGCACGUACUUCGCUUCACCGGCCACGACCCGCAUCUGUACAGGGCCGAGUGCAAGGGGCGGCAGGAUGGGUACCUCUGCUGGGGCUUCCAGUGGCCGUGGGUGCCGGCAACAUUGGACACGAUCGACUGGAGUGAAGAUGGAGGAGGACGAGCAGAUCGAAAACAUGUCAACAUCCACCAAGCCGAAGCCAUGGCCGUGCGCUUCGCCAUCGAAGCCGGCGCCAUCCUCGGCGAGGUGGAUGCAGACGUUCCGCUGACGCCGCUGCCGCUUUGGCGCAACUGGGGCGUCGACGUCAUCGUGUGCAGUGCGGUGCUGCUGCUGUGGUGCCUCUGGCAGCACGUCGCGCAGUGCUGGACGCCGCAGAAGAAGACGCUGUUCCGAUCCAUGUUUAUGUCUCGCAAGAAGCGGAAAACGUCGACCCUUCCCGGCCACGAACAGCACUGAAUAUAUAUAUAUAUAUAUAUA